UAGCCAUCAUCACACCACUGUAGACUAUAGUGUCAACCCAAUGAAAAGCCUCUCUUCUUCUCCACACAAGCCAAGCCAAGCCAAUCCAAGCCAAAUACACCCACAAAAAUCAAAUUAACCUUGCUUCAAGAAAACAACUAUACAUACACAUAUAUGUAUAUAUAUGUUAAUUCUUCUUCUCCAAGUGACAUGAAGAAGUAAGUUGAUCAGAGAAAGAGAGGGAGAUGGAACAAUAUUGCAAGUAGCCCCCAUUUCAGCUCACCAAAUCUCAAACCCACUGCCUAUGUUCAUGCACGCCAAGAAAACACCCUCUACUCCGUACCAUGUCCCCCGGUCCCUUAUAACUCUUGUGAUGAUCACCAUCUCUUUCUCCAGUACUCGACGUCUCUUCUUCUACUUCCCAUUUUGAUCUUAUCAGUAUUAUCAUAUCCCAAUUUCAAGAUGAAUCUCACCGCCAACAUGACUUCCUCGCCGGUCUCCUCCGCCAGCGGCGGGCACCGCUUCUUCCAGCCUGCCCGCUUCUUCCAGCCCGAUGUCCAGAUCCUUGAGGUUGCCGUAGCAGCCUUUGUUUUUGUUGCCAUUCAUUCGCUCAGGCAGCAGAAGCACCAAGGCCUCCCGGUGUGGCCCGUCCUUGGCAUGCUCCCUUCUCUGGUCGUCGGACUCCGGACCGACAUGUACGAGUGGAUCUCCGGCGUACUCUGCAGGCGAAACGGCACGUUCGUAUUCAGAGGGCCGUGGUUCACCAACCUCAACUGCGUUGUCACUUCGGACCCACGGAACCUGGAGCACCUGCUCAAGACCAAAUUUUCCAACUUCCCCAAGGGCGAGUACUUCCGGGACACCGUCCGAGACCUCCUCGGCGACGGCAUAUUCAGCGCCGAUGACGACACGUGGCAACGGCAGAGGAAAACGGCCAGCAUCGAGUUCCACUCCGCCAAGUUCCGGCAGCUCACCACCGAGUCCUUGCUCGAACUUGUCCACGCACGUCUCUUGCCCGUUCUAGAAAACUCUCUAAACCAAUCUCUACCCAUUGAUCUACAAGACGUUCUCCUAAGAUUAACAUUCGACAACGUCUGCAUGAUCGCGUUUGGCGUCGACCCUGGCUGUUUACGGCCCGGGCUACCGGAAAUUCCAUUCGCCAAGGCCUUCGAAGACGCAACGCAAGCAACGCUUCUACGCUUCGUCACGCCGACGCUUCUGUGGAAGGCGAUGAGAGGCAUGGAUGUGGGGUUCGAGAGGACGCUGAAGCGGUCGAUAAAGCGAGUGGACGAGUUCGCCGAGGAGGUGAUCCGGACGAGGAGGAAAGAGCUUGCGCUGCUGCAAUCCGGGGAGAAGAAGCAAAGGUCUGAUCUCUUGACGAUAUUCAUGGGGUUGAGGGAUGAGAACGGGGUGGGGUUUUCGGAGAAGUUUCUGAGGGAUAUAUGUGUGAACUUCAUACUGGCCGGGAGAGACACGUCGUCGGUAGCGCUGAGCUGGUUUUUCUGGCUGCUGGAUCGGAAUCCGGCGGUGGAGGAGAGGAUACUGGCGGAGAUAUGUGGGAUAAUUGGGGAAAGGGAGGGCGAGAGAGAGAGGUCGCCGGUGUUCAGGCCGGAGGAAGUGAAGAAGAUGGAAUAUUUGCAGGCUGCGUUAUCAGAGGCUCUCAGAUUGUACCCUUCUGUGCCUGUUGACCACAAGGAGGUUGUUGAAGACGAUGUUUUCCCAGAUGGAACAGUGCUGAAGAAGGGCACAAAGAUAAUCUACGCAAUCUACGCAAUGGGAAGAAUGGAGGGGAUAUGGGGGAAGGACUGCCGGGAGUACCGGCCGGAGCGGUGGCUCCGGGAGGGCCGGUUCAUGAGCGAGUCGGCGUACCGAUUCACCGCGUUCAACGGCGGCCCACGGCUGUGCCUGGGCAAGGACUUCGCCUACUACCAGAUGAAGUUCGCCGCCGCGUCCAUCCUCUACCGGUUCCACGUCAAGGUGGCGGAGAACCACCCGGUGGAGCCGAAGCUGGCGCUGACCAUGUACAUGAAGCACGGCCUGAAGGUGAAACUUCUUCGGCGAGAUGAGGGUGAGCUUCAGAAGUAUCUCAGUAUCAAAUGAUUAGAUGAUCAUUCAUUGUCCCCAUGCAAAGCAAGCUAGCUGUGUUUCUCUGGUUAUGCUUCGUCUUCUUUUAUCUUUAUCUUUCUCUUUCUUUUUCUUCUUUAUUAUUAGGAUACAGUUUCCUAUGGAUUAUUAUGGUAUGUAAGAAAGAUUUAGAGGGGAAACAACCCAAAAAAGAAAAAAGAAAAAAAGAGAGACAGGAUGAGCUAGCUUGGAGUUUUAGGUAUAUGUUGCAAUAUUUGAAUAAUGGAUUGGAUAUCUUGAUGUAAUGAUUCAUAAUUUAUUUAUUGAUUUACCUAUUUCUUUUUUGUUUCUA